AUGGGAUGGUUUGGUGGCUCUCCAUCUAAAGUGUCUGCUGUAAGCGAGGUUCCCGAAAAGAAAGAGUCCGUGUUUCUCGAGGACCUACCUCCCAAGUUUGAAGACAAAAAGCCAGAGCAUCACGAUGUGGCCACUUAUCAAGAAGCACUAAAGAAGGUCAGUCUCUCAGACAUUACGCUUUCCAACUACAUUACUAUGCCAUGCUUCAGAGAGGCGAUGAUGACAGGGUUCUCAGCCAUGGGUGUGUUGGGAGUAGUUACUCUCUUGAUCCACAGAAACCCCGGCAAGUCUGUAAACUGGGGCAUUGGGGGAUUCUUCUUGGGCUCUGUGGUUGGAUUUGAGCAGUGUCGCUCGAUACGAAGAAAGUCUUUUCAGAACGUUGAGAGAGCAAAGCAGGCGAACCAGGCCAAGUUGCAGAGCAAGAUCGCCAGCAAGGAGGAGAAGGAUGAGGCAUUGGAGAAGUUCAACGAGACGCAGAGAAAGUAG